CAACAUAGACAGCCAGGGACAGCUACAGGCCUGUGUUUACAGCAACUAGCAAGCUCUGCUACAUAGUUUUUAGCCAUGUCCAGAAAUCUAAAGCAGCAAUAUAUAGACGCGUGCUCUGAACUGGAUCACCCGGUGAACUCAUUCAUUGCAGAAAUGCUUAUGCAAGCAGAAGUUUCUGAACCGCAUAUUUCAACCUUGAAGAUCUGCGGAAAUAAUCGCCUAGUGAAAGCUGAAAGAGUUACAGAUGAAGAUUUCCUUUCUCUUUCUCGUGUUUUAGGUCAAAACACUUUUGUAACAAAUCUUGACCUGAGGUAUAACAAUUUAAGUGAUAAUGGUGCCAUCCACAUUGGAAACUUCCUUAAGGGUAACACAUCUUUACUUAGUUUAAAUUUGAUGGGAAAUGAUAUUGGCACCGAUGGAGCAGCAGAGAUUGCUAAAGCCUUAUAUGAUAAUGAAACUCUUAAGAGCUUGAGGAUGACAGGAAAUAAAAUGGGAAACAAAGGAGGGAUGUUCUUUGCCUCCAUGUUGCAAAUUAAUUUAACACUUGAAGAGUUAGACCUCGGGGACUGUGAUUUGGGUAUUCAAAGUCUUAUUGCAUUUUCUACUGUACUCAGGCAAAACAGAUCCAUAAAGUCUAUAAAUCUGAAUCGGCCUUUGUUUUAUGCAUUACAGGAAGACACUACAAUUCACAUUUCCAUGAUGUUAAAAGUAAACGACACUCUUCAGGAACUGCAUCUAUCCAAACACGAGAUGACAGACUUUGGUUUGGAACGUCUUUGUGAAGCAUUGCAUAAAAAUGUCACUCUGAAGUAUCUUGAUCUCAGCUGCAAUAAAAUAACUCGAGAUGGCAUCAAGCAUUUGGCAGAAGUGUUAAAAACCAACACAGCACUGGAAAUUUUAGAUCUUGCAUCAAACAGAAUGGAAGAUGAUGGAGCAAUUUAUCUUGCUGAAUCCAUUGAUUUGUAUAACCGGAGUCUUAAAGCAUUAUCAAUUGUAAGCAACAACAUCACAGGAAAAGGUCUAAAGUCUUUGGCAGCUUCCAUUAAAGCGAAUAAUUGUUUGAUAUUCAUCUACAUUUGGGGGAAUAAGUUUGAUGAAGAUGCUUGUGUGGCAUUUUCUGACCUCUUUUCCACUGGUCGUCUAAUCCCUUCCUCCACUGAUGUGCGACCAUACACCGUAGAUGGACGUAUCUACCUCGCUGAGCUUUUCCAUGGACUCAGGAAACAUUAUUAUUGGACACCAAGCUAUGGCAAAGCUGAAAACACUGUGUGCAAUUCCACAUUUGCAAUUCUAAAUGAGUAAACUAUUUUAAAAUUCAACUUGUACACAUACAGCUAGUGAAUUUCUUUGGAAAAUGUAUAAUAUGUUAGAUUUUAUAUAUUAAUUGUUUCAAUAUAGUUUUUUUUCAGCUGUCCUUACACAUCGUUAUCCUCUAAAAUACAAAAUUCCCCCGUCCUGAUUAGAAAAGAAAUAUCCUAAUCUAUCGUGAUUGCAAAAUUCAGACAUUAUUAUCAAGAUUUACGGAUGUACAAAAGUAGGAUAAAUAUAGCCGGAAUUCAGGAUGUCUCAAUUCAACUAUAUGGAUGAAAUCUGACACAGAAUUAGAAUAUAAAUCGACUACGUGACACAUGUAAAAUAGAAAGCACUUUUAUUUAAAACAAUAAAAAUGCAAUGAAAACACACAACUACUGAAGAAUAUCCCUAUAAUGUUAAAUUCCUAGUGUAAAAAGGGAAAUAUUCCUUGUAGUGAUUAACUUAAAAUAUAAAUUACUGCACAUUUCCAAAACAGCUUACAAAGAGCAAUAUUCUGUUUUUUCUUUAAUAAAAAAUAAACCAGAUGUUUAC